CUGAAGAGAGACACUACAGGGAGAGCCAGAACCUGACUACAGCCACAACCAUGAACUCAUCCACUAUUACCUUCCUCAGCUGCCUGCUUGUCCUCUGUGCUCAAGGAAUGCCGGACAGCAGAUCCAGAAAAUGCAAGUGCUUAAACGGUUAUAUCGGCCAGGUCACCAAACACUUCGUGCGGCAUAURAAGUCAGAGCCAGUCAUAAACCCACCAAACAGCUUCUGCGAUCAAACGGAGAUUAUUAUCACCAUUAAAGAAGAGGAGAAAUGCGUGGAUCCACUGUCACAACUUGGAAAAUUAAUUCUGAUGAACAAAAAAAAGCAGGAGAACAAGAGACGUGUGAUCAUGACGACGAGCUCCAGUCAAACAAAUACCUUGAACUCAACAYGCGGCCGCAUCACAGACUCUGCACCAGCCGCCAUGUAAUGGCACUGAAKCACUGUUGUCAUAGAAGCUAACCUUUGUCAGGUUAUUAUUAAGUGUUCAAAUGUUCUCUGUGGCUGAUCAUCGGAUCAUGUUCUCAACUUGUCUUCACAUAUAUAUAUUUAUAUACAAUGUAAAUAAUCUGUACAUAUAUUUACAAUAAUAAAAAACUA